ACCUUUCGGACGGCAAAUUGUGCGAAUCUUUCGUGGAGCUCCACGACACCGCGCGCCUUCCAACAGCCCCUUCACCGUUCCCACCACCUCACCUGGCGGAAAGAGCAGCUGCCUCGCUUUGCCAGCGAAAGAGAAAACAUGUUCCGAGACCACGCCUACAACUCGAUGAAUUCUUUUGCAGGAGGUAGCAACAGAGGGUUCACCUACAGGCCCCGUGGCAGCGGUAUGUCCAACCUCCAUUCUUCUCCUCGCCAUCUCGACACCAGCACUUAUCCACGCGUCACCCUCUCACUCCCCAAUCUCAGUUCCCACACAUCAUUCUUCAAUCUUCGACUCUUCCGUACAGUUCGAUAAUUAUUUCAUCCCCCGAGAGAAAAAGAAAUUCGUUCGAUUUGAAACUGGUGCUCUCAAAACCACAUCUGAUCCACCUUCGAGCUCGUUCAUCACCCAUCACAUUCACACCCUCUCGCUCUGGAUCUUCUUUUCUGCAGCUUGAUUGCCAAAAUACUCACCGUCUCAAUGGAUGUAGCUUCAUCGUGUUCCAAGAUCUCCAUGACCGCAGCUGCAGACGUGGAAGCCAAGAAGCAACCAACCUACACCACGGUGGGUUCCAUUUACAACCCCAGCGCAGCAGCCCCCAUUCAGGCGCCCACCAGACGGCCAAGAAUUAGGAGAUUCCCCCAACCCCCGGAGUCCCCUUUAGGAGACCCGUUCGACUUCACAGAUCCCUUGAGGGCCCUUCUGAAGGAGAAAUCACCUCCGUCUCCGCCUACUACGGCCGCCGUGCUGAAGCAGUAUACGCCUCUCCAGCAGAAUUACGAUCGUGCCCUCAGCCCCAUCAACGAACAGGAGUACCUCGCUAUGACGAUGCCUCCUCAAUUUCGUCGUUCUGAGAUUCCAUCUCCUCUAUCUUCUACCACGUCUGACAUUGGAUUUGGAAGAGAUAGGCCCACAGUCAACCCUGCUGGUCUUCCUUCCACUGCUUCAUCCGGACCCCCUCGGCCACUGACGGCAGGGCCUCCAGGCGUGCGUCAGUUCAAGCGGAAUGGUUUUGAUCCAACAACCUCUUCUGUGCGCAUCGGCCGUUUGGAAAGCCAAAACGAAACUUCGGCGGCCCGUCCCCUCUUUCCAAUCGGGCACCAGACUAAACCUUCCAUCAUCAGACAGCCUUUUCAGGCUGGCGUCAACUACAUGGCUCUCCGUGAUGGAGACAUCAGGGGGCAUGAUGCAGAGCAUCCGAGCCAGCUGCUUCAGCACAAUUUGUCUGGGAAUUACGGUUCAAAUGCCCAGCAGUCGCGCGCCUCCCCCGACUUGCGGCGAUCUUCUUCGAGCACCCCAUUUCGACCAAGUGACCCGGACCCAAAGAAAGGCCCUGUGCACGAUACUCUUCCUCCCGAAAAGGCAAUGGAGUACUUUCCAGCAGGCUUCCCGUCCAACUAUGAUGGGCAGUACACCCCUCGUCCGGCGGUGCCUUCAAAAUUUUCCCCUUUGGACCAAGAAUCGCAAAAGCAGACACAAAAUCAGUUGGACAAACAGGACCAGCAGAUACAUGAUCCAACGAAUGGCCGCGUGCAGAGACCAAUUGGAGCCAUCGGGGCCGAGCGUGAGCGACGCCGGAACGCCAUCGACAAAGCUGUUUCUUGCAAGCUCGACAACGAGGACACCACCAAGAUGGACAGCAAUGAGUAUGCGAAGCCUCUGUUGGACAGGACCUAUGAUGCUCUCCUGAAGUAUCGGGAUUCCGGAAGGUCGGCUUGCCCGUCAAAUGGCUGGCAUCCACAGUUUGCAGAGCCAGACGAGUCGCUGUUUGACCACUCGCCCGAGGGCAACAACAGCUUCUUUGACGAUCCUAGGAUGGAGGCUCCCAAGAAGAAGAAAGUUGCCAAGCCCACCCGAAAACUCGGAUACUAAGUCAUUCUUCUAUCACGAUAUUCAGCAAUGGUCAACAGGUCUUUGGUUCAUUAUGGGGCAGGGUCCAUGGGGACUGAUGGGUUGCUUUUUGUGUUGUUCUUUUGCAGUUUUGCGGUUUUGUUGCUUCUUUGCAUUUUCUUCCAACAUUUGGAAUCUCUUUCAGGCAUGCAUGGCUUUUUGGGAAAUCGGCAGGAAGUAAGGCGAAAAAAGGGAGGAUAGCAACAAACAGGCAGAUGAAUAUUUCAUUCUGGGGAUGGGUGACCACUGACAAGUUGGCGUUGCAUUUUUGGGCUGGAAAUACUUGGCAAGGGGGUUAUGGUCGUUUUUGGAGAACACGGAACAUUAACAAAUGGGGGUUUAGUGGUGAAGGGAUGGGGUCAGGGAUAGCUCGGUGGAGUUUGGGAAGGCAACAGGAGAGUGGGAUGUUGAUUUCGUCGACAUCCUGGAGUGUGUAUCAUGUUUGUAUUCGAUGAUCAUUAUGAGCGGAAUUUUGUAAAUCCUGUUGGUAGUUGAUAUCUCUGGUUCGUCUUGAUACCAGCCGGGACUAUCUUAAUUGGACUUGUAUUAUGCCGA